AUGAAUGUGACGUCAUUUUUUUCCCCUUUGGCGCGAGGUCUAAACAUUUGAAAAGUACCGUUCGCAGCCAGCGGUUAGAGUGGACUACAGUUUUACUUUCACAGGUCGAAAUUGGACGGAAAGCGUUGCAGAGGGAUGUCGUGGGACUUCCUUGUACCUGUGUGCGUGGGAGACCUGGUGAAGACAGGAGGGGUAAAUCAGUACGUCGUUCAGGAUGUAGUAACCCCAAAUCAGCUACCGUCCUAUCUCAGAGAAUUCAAGGCAGCAUUGAGAAGCCAUGGGCCUAUGUGUAUAUUGGAACACUUUGACACAGGCUACAGCGUGCUACAGCAUAGCAACUCAGUGGAACUGGCAGUGAAAGAGGAUACUCUGCAAUUGCUAAUACAAGUGGUUAAUGGCCUGGCUGCCUCCCUUCCGACGCUCCUUGUCUCCUCCUCUCUGUCAGCUACAGAGCGAAAAGAGAAGCUCAAUGCAGUUAAAAUGAGUAUCUUCCUGCUCUGCAAAUUAACAGAGUCUCUUGAGAGUUACUCCUGUAGACCGAGUUUUGUCACAGCACCUGGGAAGAGUGGUAAAAAAGGCAAAGCUGGUGGAGAAGGACUUCAGCAGUGGGACUCAGAGAGAGAAACAGUGCUUCAGGCCCUUGUCCAACUCCUCCAGCUAGAUAUCUGUUCCCUCUGGAGCCUCUCCCUGGUAGAGGAAGAGUUUGUCAGCUGUGUGACCUGCUGCUGCUACAAACUACUGGAGAACCCAACCAUCAGCCAUGUCAAGAGCAAACCCACCAGGGACUGUAUAAUCCACCUACUGGGAGUGCUGAUCAAGAAGUAUAAUCACCUCCUGGGUGCAAGUGUAAAAGUGAUCCAGUUGCUGCAGCACUUUGAGCAAUUGUCAUCUGUGUUUGCCCAGGCAGUGUCUGUCUGGGCCAAAGAAUAUGGAGUUAGGGCUAUCAUAGGAGAAGUAAUAAGGGAGAUUGGUCAGAAGUCAAGUGAUGAGCUUGUUAGAGAGGGGUCAGGGGUAAAAGCCUUUGCUUCCUUCCUCUCGGAACUCAGCACCCUGGUUCCUGAAAUAAUGAUUCCCAACAUUAGUGUGCUUAUCACUCACCUGGAAGGAGAGAGCCACACAAUGCGUGUUGCUGUGUGUGAAGUACUAGGAGAGAUCCUUGUGCAAGUCCUGUGUGGUGAUGAUCUAGAUGAGUCCAGUAAAGCUGACCGUGACCGCUUCUUUGACACACUGCAGGAACAUCUGCAUGACACACAUGCCCAUGUCAGAGCACGUGUGUUGCAGGUUUACACACGCAUUGUCAACAGCAAAGCACUGCCCCUGUGUAGGUACAGUGAAGUAAUGGAACUUGCUGUGGGACGACUGAUGGACAAAUCUAUAAAUGCGGUGAAAAGUGCUAUACAGCUGUUGGCAGCCUUCAUCGCACAAAACCCCUAUAGCUGCAAGUUGAGCAGUACAGAUUUGAAGAAGCCACUGGAGAAAGAAGUUGCUAAACUCAGAGAGCUGAAAGAGAAACUGCAGGGAAAAGCACCUGUGGCAGUGAUUAAAGCAUCUGAGCUGUGGGCCGCCAUGGAGCCUGAACUGCUUAUCACUGUCAGGGCAGAGCUGGAGCCCACAAGCGAAGCAGAGAAGGAGCAGCAGGAGGACAGGGAAGACGGGGAUGUGGGAGAAGAAAAUGAAGCAGAAGAUGACAGAGCAACUGCAGUGAAGAUUGCUCAGUAUCUCCGUGUCAACAAAUACAGGAAUGCUGUGCGCCUUUGUAUGAGAGCUCACAGCUGCUUUCCUGAAUCCAAGAUCUUUGCUUCUCUGUCCACUCUCACUGCAGAGACUGUCAUCGAUACACUGGCUCUGAUUUUCAAAGGUUCUGGUGAGGACAAUGUUGAGCUCAGUCAAAACUUGCCACCAACCCCACAGAGAGAGAGCGCAAAAGAGGGGGAGGAUGAGGAGAUCAAGAAGCAGGAGAUGUUGGUGCAGUACCUGAGAGACACAGAAACCUUUGCCUUACAAGUAGAGAGAGCAAUCUCUGUUAUCAACACCAUGCUCUACUGGAAAACCACUUCAGUGGUCCAGGAGGCUGUGCAGUUUUGUGUGACUGUAUGCGAGUUCAGUGUUGCCAACUCUGUCAGUGGAGUGAGGAAGAUGUUGCCACUUGUCUGGUCAACUGACAUGACUGUUAAAGACGCUGUCAUUCAGGCCUACAGGCGCCUUUAUCUGAACCCUCGAGGAGACACAAUCAGGAUGAAAGCUCAUACUCUUGUGGACAGUCUCUCUGAGCUGAUGGUGGAUGCAUCUCUGGGAACAAUCCAAUGUCUUGAGGAAAUAGUGCAGGAGUUUUUUGGCAGUGGAAACAAUCUGCAGUCCACUGUAGUGCAGGUUUUGUGGGAGAGAUUUACUGGAAAACGAGAGACUUCUGGAUUACACAGACGAGCAGCGGUGUUGCUGCUGGGUAUGGCUGCACGGGCAGAGAGUGAGGUGGUUCUCAGUAAUCUGGACACACUUUGUUCUGUGGCUCUGGGAGAAAAAGUUACUGAUGACUUCCUUCUGGCUAGAGACACUGUUACCACCAUCUGCAACAUCACUGACCAUGUUAGGCAAUCAAAAGGUGCUCCAUUCAGGCUGCCCCAGGACCAUCAGCUCUUCAGCUGCCUCACCCAGGCCAUAGCUGAAGGUGUGGUCAUGGAAGACCAUUACUGGCAGAGCUUCAUGGAACAGGCUGUUCGUCUCAUCUACUUCCUGGCUGAAUCUCCUGACCAGCUGUGCUCCCGGCUGCUUCAGCGCAGUGCUCGCCUCUUACUAGAUCAAAUUGCAGAAGGUGGAGAAAUCAACAAUGAUGCUGGCCAAAACGCUGAAGCAUCUCAAGAGUCCAGUGAACAAGUGAACUGUGUGUGUCUGGCCCAGCUGUUGUCUCUGUGUGGUUGCGUCGCAUUCUGGCAGGUGUCUUACCUUGAGCGAAGUGUGAGCUCUGAGCUGCGGAGGAGGAGAGGAGAGAGGGAGGAGAAGGAAAAGGGUCCAUCCACCAAAGCUAAGCAACCAUCCAGUGAGAGUGCUAUGGAGGAGGAACUUGGUUUGAUCGGUGCCUCUGCUGAAGACACAGAGGCUGAACUCAUCAGAAAGAUCUGUGAGACAGAAUUACUGGCUGAGGAGAACCUGCUGUGUGCGUUUCUUCCUUUGCUGGUGAAAGUCUGCAGCUCACCAGGACGUUAUUCCCAUCCACAGCUCACCACUGCUGCUUGUCUGGCACUCUCUCAGUACAUGAUGAUAAGCCCGUCGGUGUGUGAGGAGAAUAUUCGUCUCAUGUUUACAGUGCUGGAGCGCUCUACUCUUCCUGUUGUCAGGGCCAAUGCCAUAAUAGCUCUUGGAGACCUCACUGUCCGUUUCCCGAACAUUUUGGAGCCCUGGACGCAGAAUCUCUAUGCCAGGCUCAGUGACGAGGUUCCUUCAGUGAGGCGGACAGCUGUGACAGUUCUUACUCAGUUGGUGCUCAAGGAUGUGCUCAAGGUCAAAGGUCAAGUCAGUGAAGUGGCUGUGCUUCUAAUUGACCCUGAGCCGCACAUUACCAGCCUCGCCCUGAACUUCUUCAAUGAGUUGGCGUCCAAGGACAAUGCAAUCUACAACCUGCUCCCAGACAUCAUCAGUCGUCUGUCUGAUCCAGAGAGAGGCAUGAGUGCAGACGAUUUCAACACCAUAAUGAAACAGUUGUUCUCCUACAUCACCAAAGAAAGACAGACAGAGUCUCUGGUAGAGAAACUGUGUCAGCGCUUUAGGACUGCCAAGACAGAGCGUCAGUGGUGUGAUCUGGCCAUGUCUCUGUCUCUGCUGUCCAUGUGUGAGCGUGGGUUUAAGAGGCUGCACGAGUGCUGGGAGUGUUACAGUGACAAAUUGACUGAACCUGGCGUCUACGAGCCUCUGCUCUCCAUUACUGCCAAGCUCCGACGUGGGGCCAAACUCCAGUUUAAGGCUCAGAUAGAGGAGUUUGAAAAGCGCCUGAGUGCGGUUCACACACGGGGGCUAGAAAAUGUAGAAAGUCCUGAAAUGGAAGAAGAGAACCAAAAAGGAGGAGGACCCACUGAGAAGACAGUCGUGCGUACACCUUUGCCCCCCAGAGGUCGUCAAAAAUCUAGGAGAGGUCAAACAAAGCCUUCAGUAUCCAGCCACGGUGAUGACAGUUUUGUGACGCCUCAGAAAUCUCGCAGGUCCAAGAAACCUGUGAUCACCUUCAGCAGUGAUGAGGAUGAGGAGGAGGAUGAACAGGAUGCUGUAAUGGCAGAGAGUGAGACUCCUAAAGUGACGACACCUAUCGCUCGCACAUCCAGACGAACUCGCCUCAGAAACUGAUUUUAUUUUUCUUUUUUUUUAAAUUUUUUUAAUUUUGUGGUAUUUUAUCUGAAAUGAAACAUAG